AUGCCGGCUCACACGGUAAACCACGUUGCGCGCCCAACACGCGACGCAGCCAUGGCUGAGAAGAGACAGAUCUGCGUCGAGGACACCGUCCACCUAAAGGCCAAGCAGUGGCUGAUCGGAGUAGUUGAUGUGAGUUCCCAGUCCCCGGCAGCCGCCCGCGUGCCGUCACGGCGGCUUACUGACAGCGACCAGAGAACAAACCACGAUGUGGACACACACGAGCCCGACCCCCAGCGCGACUACAACCUUCAAAUCGUAAAGCACCGCUCCAUACCUUCAGGGAAAUUCGACGCGUUUCUGCGAAAUGGAAUUCCUCCGCGCCGGACAGUGCUUGUAUCAUGGCAAACGGAUUUUACGACCGAACUUGUUCCGGAAGAAGAGCUGGAACUUGUGGACAGGAACUUCUUUGUGGGAGACGUGGUGAAGCGGGACGCGAACAGCCCCAUGAGCGGCACGGUUAUCGGGACGAAGCUUGCGGUCACCAUAGCGCCCAUUCGCAUGUGGCCAGAAACCGACGCCAUCCGCGCUCACAGUUACGAGAAACUCAUUGGCGAUGAUACUACCCACGCUCCCCGGUCCUUGAUCCCCGCCGAAGAACUCGAAACCAUUCGGCAAUAUCCGGAGGGAGCGCUCAUUAUCUACGACAACUGGGUUGGCAGGAUAGACGACGCGUAUGACGAGAUCGCGCUCCGCCUUAGCAACGGCACUGUUGUGGUGCCCGAAAAUAGCGAUGAACUUACCCCGGUAGAUCCAAGGCUGGAGAGACAUGAAGUCGGCGAUUACGUGAAGACCAAGAAGGGAAACUUGCGCAGGGGCCGGUGGAUUUUUGGGGCAUUCAAUCCCAACGUUGAACCGGGCGGCGUCGUCAUCGACGUGCGGACCACGUCUGUCACUGUUCAGUGGCUCAGCCGGCGACUAGGCGGCCCCCUGGCCAUGCCCGGCUCCUACCCAUCAGAGCCCCCGAUUGAGCUAGGCCUGGACGAGCUCGAGAGCGGAAAAGUGGUCAUCUACGACAACAUGAAAAAGCCGUCGGCGCCAAAUCCCGCUUCAUCGACUACUGUCGCUAUCAGAGCAUCGCCUGAACUCACCCCCGGCCAACGGGUCCGAUUCAAGGAUCUCGCCGGUGCCUGUGUAAAGUACGCACCGUAUGUCAAGAAGAGACCGAGAGUAGAGACGCUGGGCUACGACACCAACAUUUACACCGUACAGACCACCAAGACGACAGUCAUCACUCAAUGGCAAGAUCUGUCCAUCACGGAAGACGAGUCUAUCGGGCUGCUCCCGGACCCUAACGUGGAUGACGAGGAUGAGGUUUGGCCCGGAGAAGUUGUUUGCACCAAUGAAAGAAAACCGAAAGAGGCUGCAACCGGUGGCUCGGACGAGCAAGGAGAGUGGUACAUAGAACCUGCCAGGGUCGGUGUGGUCCAGGCCGUGGAGGGCAAGGACCGCAUGGCAAUGGUCAAGUGGUUCCCGGAUGCAACGAUCAAGUUCGUGGAGAACGAUCUUCUCCCCGGAUCCAAAACUGGUAUUGCGUCGGGCCAAGAAGAGAAGGUUAGCCUGUACGACAUACGUACAACGGCAUCUCUGAACCGGAGGCGAGGUGACUACGUCAUCGCUGUCGAGAGCUCAUUAGCAGGAGAGCUAAAUCUAUCGGACGACAUCGACUGGUUCGGAGAGGUUGUCGAUCUGGGCCUUGAUGGGCAACUCACUGUGCGACUCGGUGCUGCAAAUCCAGUGCGAGACAUCAAAGUCCCGAGUGAGGGAGUCAUUCUUGCGUACAGCGCAGAUCUCGAUCCUGAUAACAUCCCUCAUGAUCAUCUAGGAGACAGCAUGUCCGAGGACGAGGCGUACGAUGAUGAUGAUAUGGAUGACGAGAGCAUACUCGAUGACGCAGAUAACUACCUCAAUAUGUGGUAUGAAUACACUGACCCGGACGGCCGAAGGAUCAGAGUCGAGGACGACAACGACGACGAGGAGGGAUGGGCAACUGAGGACGAGGAUGAGAUUGAUCAAUCCUCGGCAGAGGACAACGACGUGUCCAUGGAGGAUGCAGCAGCGGUUGAUACUUCGAAAACAACUCCCGAAGCGCAGCUAUCAGCUCAUGCGAUUGAAGGGACUGCUUCAAGUAAACAAGAGCAGUCGGCCGCUGCGACUGACGGUGCAUCUGACAACAAGACUUCGGAGCCGUUCUCAUUUUCCAAUUACCCAGACGCGCCUGCAGCGUUUGAGAUCUUGGAAGAUGCACCGCCGCAAGACCAUCACUUCAUCAGAGCUACCCAGGGUGAGCCAACGCAGCAACGGCUUCGCCGGAUCCAGAAGGAACACAAGAUUCUCGGGUCGUCCCUCCCACCUGGCAUUUUGGUUCGGACGUGGGAGUCUAGAAUGGACCUCUUGCGUGUCUUGAUUGUAGGACCGGAAGACACUCCGUACGAGUAUGCGCCAUUCCUAGUGGAUUUCCAUCUUGGCCCAAACUUUCCUUCAUCACCCCCCGAAGCGUUCUUCCACAGCUGGACGGGUGGAAUGGGACCGGUGAACCCUAACUUGUACGAGGAUGGCAAGAUCUGCUUGAGUCUACUAGGCACGUGGCACGCGGAUGAAAGGAACGAGAACUGGAGUCAGGCAAAGAGCACGAUUCUGCAAGUGCUGGUUUCGUUGAUGGGCCUGGUCCUCGUCAGAGAGCCCUACUACAAUGAAGCUGGAUACGAAGUGCGCCAAGGCACCGAGGAAACGAGCCUGUCAUCGGCAUUGUAUUCAGAGAAGGCGUAUUUCCGUGCACGCGGAUUCAUCAUGCACGGCCUCACACAUCUCCCAGCACCGUUUGAAGAAGAUGUGCAAUGGCUCUACCGUAAGGAAAAUGGCCCAAAGCUGUUGGAGAAGGCAAUUGAAGCCGCGAAGGGCAUCAUUGGGAGGAGUGAGGGGGGCAGUGGAGGGAAACGGGAUGGGCUGAGGAACAUCAGUGCUGGAGCCAUCAUCCCUCUGAAGCGCCAGCUGGCAGGAUUGGAGAGGUUGCAGCAAAGCGACGAGCAGCAGGCGAAGCCCUGA